CUCGCAGGGAAUCCUUCGCCAAGCUGAGUCCUCGUUCGUGGAUUUUCGCAGAUUGAUUCUGGCGAUGGCAAUGGCGGCGUCGUUUUUGCGACCCGGCGUAUUCUCGUCUCCGCUGGACACUCAUGCGAGGAGACUGGAAUCCAUGUCUGUGUGCUGGUUGGAGUCGUCGUUCAGCCGACGGUCUCAUUUCUCGCCAUGCAAAUUGCAAUGGCAGGGCAUUGGCAUAGGAAAAAGACAGGAGGGAAAUCGUGUUAUGAUGACAGUUGGGGCUGUUCCUCCAACGAAAGAAACGAGCAAUGUACACCAAAGCACUUUGAACAACAGGUUCCCACUACAAGAUGUACUAGAAGCGCAACAGUUUGACAGGGAUCUUCUGACCUCGAUCUUUGAGGUGGCGAGGGAAAUGGAGGAAGUGGAGAGGGAUUCAGCUGGAUCCCAGCUGCUGAAAGGAUUCUUGAUGGCAACUCUGUUUUAUGAACCCUCUACUCGUACAAGGCUAUCAUUUGAAUCCGCUAUGAAGAGGUUGGGUGGAGAAGUUUUGACAACCGAAAAUGCUCGUGAAUUUUCUUCAGCUGCUAAGGGCGAGACCUUGGAAGACAGCAUCAGGACAGUGGAGGGCUAUUCGGAUAUCAUUGUGCUCCGGCAUUUUGAAAGUGGGGCAGCCAAAAAAGCAGCUGAUACAGCAAAUAUACCUGUUAUAAAUGCUGGAGAUGGUCCUGGUCAGCAUCCAACACAGGCAUUGCUAGAUAUGUACACCAUACAACGGGAGACUGGGCGUCUGGAUAACAUCACAGUGGGCCUGGUGGGCGAUUUAGCUCAUGGGCGUACUGUACGAUCAUUGGCGUAUCUUCUCGCCAAGUAUGAGGGAGUUAAGAUAUAUUUUGUUGCUCCUGAUGUGGUCAGAAUGAAGGAUGAUAUCAAAGAUCAUUUAACCGAGUCAGGAGUGGAUUGGGAAGAAUCCUCCGAUUUGAUGCAAGUGGCAUCAAAGUGUGAUGUAAUAUACCAGACUCGCAUCCAACAAGAGAGGUUCGGUGAUCGCAUCGACCUCUACAAUGAGGCUCGAGGGAAGUACAUAGUGGAUACCAAAGUCAUGGAUGUGUUGCCCAAGCACGGAGUGGUCCUCCAUCCGCUACCACGGCUUGAUGAAAUAACUGUGGAGGUGGACAGUGAUCCCCGAGCUGCUUAUUUCCGGCAAGCUAAGAACGGUCUUUACAUUCGGAUGGCCCUCUUGAAGUUGCUUCUUCUCGGCUACUAAGGCAGGUCAACUGUCACAGUGUUUGUUCUUCGGGAAGUGAGUGCUGUGAUUGAGAUAUUGGAUUGAGAGUAGCUCAGCCCUCUUUCGUGAGUAGUGAUGAUGAAAUUCAACUGAAAUUCAACUAGGCAAGCAGUAACAGAAAGACGUAGAUGCAAGAAUUUGUAAAUGACAAUUUGGCUGUCGAGUUCUGACCCUCAGAGCCACUUUAAUUGUACAUACGCAGUUGCCAUAGCAUUUAAUGCUACAAAGUAGUGCCAUCGACAUUCUUUAGACUUUGUGUUUGAA